AUGACAGAGGAUGGACCUGUAAAAGUAGACAACAUGAUAUUUGAAUUUUCUCAAGGUAUUACUCAGAGUGUUAAGAUGACGAAAUUAGAUUACACUGAAUAUAAAUAUGAAGGGAAAUGUAAAAAUAAGCACGAAAAUUUCUUGCGGAAAAAUUUAGUAGCAGAAGGGGAAAUAUCGGCAUCUGUGCUAUCACAUUUAACCAUUGGUCUUAUUUUUUCGUAUUGCCGUCAAAUUAGUGCUAUUCAUCACACAGAAUUUUCUUCUGAAUAUGAAAUAAUAUUAUUGCCAAAAUACGAAAUAGAAAUUGACGUUGAGAAAGUGCAACCAUCUGAAGAUUUUAUACGGGCAGUAAAUUCUGCUUUAGGAAGCAAUAAUCCUAAAAAUGAACUCAAAAAAAUGAGCGAUAAUUUUGGACACUAUAUUGCUAGUAAAGUUCAAAUCGGCGGAAGAAUUAAUAAAAUAGUACAUAAUAAUGCAUCAAGCACGUUACAACAGACCUCAACGGAUCGGUACGUUGGUAUGGAAGUCGGAUCAGACGAUAUUGUUAGCAUAGGAGGCAAUUAUUCAAAUAAAAAUGGAUAUAACGAGUCAUUAUCUACUUCAAAUAUAAAAAAAAAGGUUACAUUUGUUGAAUGUAUCAAUUGGGAGAUAAUUAAAUAUGUUGAUCUAAUUUCAAUAUUUGAUAUUUUAAACCUAGAACUUCGCCAAAAAGUUCUUGAAGCAAUGGGACAUAAAGUUCUUUAUAGUUCAAUAGACUCAGUUGAUAAUAUCGUCAUGUCAUCAUCAAAAUUUUCAUAUGAGCAUAAACUUAGUAUACCGUCAGAACUAAAUCUUAAUCUAAAGGAAUGCCAAAUUUUUGCGUCUGUUAUGAAUAAAGAAAAUAUGGAAAAUGUAUUUUCUACUCGUAUUAUUGUAUAUACGUCAAAUAAUUCUGCUAGCGUAGUUCUUCAUUGGAUCAAUAAAAGCUUAAUGUGGUACAAGACUAAAUUUUUCAAUCUGCAAAUAGGUUGGGUUGUUGUCGGCCAACCGAAAGAUUUCAAAUUCAAUGAAAAUUGUGACAUUAUCGAUAGUGGAAAAUAUGCUCCAACCAAUAAUCACCAAAUUAGUAUUUAUGAUCAAUUUAAAGAUCAUAGUAUUUUAGUAGCAUGCACACAGCAACUACCACAACAAAUUGACUUCCAUCCAAAAAAUUCAACGUUAGUGACAGGUGUUCAUUUUUCUUGUCUUAAUGAUUCACAAUUAACAUCAUUCCGGUCACUCAAGGAUGAUACAAAAACAUCUAAAACGACAUGGGAACUUUUCGAAGAAAAGUUUUCUACUUUUAUCGAAACUCAAAAGAUUCGAGACAAGAAAUCUAAAAUUUCGGAUCAUGAUGUUUUGCUGCUAAUUCCUAUUUUAGAGGUUACAUAUCAUGGUAAACCAGUCACUUCUUUUCAAUCAUUCUUAAAAGGAGAAUUUCUUUUUGAAAAAGUAUUGGUCGGAGGUGCCCUAGUAAUAAAAAACGUUUCUGUGCAUCCAGAUGAUUCUUUGAAUCAAUUAAAAGCACGAAUCACAUGGGUAAUUAACGAAUUUCGUUGGGGUCACGAGAAUUUAUUUAAGGAUUCAAAGAUAGAUUCGAGAUUGCUUUCUAUCGAAGACUUUGUCGGUAAUCGACUGAAUGACAUGAAAAUAUUGAGCAAUUAUAUUCAACAAUUAUAUGAAUUUGAAAUUUGUUCAGUAAUUGCUUAUGAAAAAGUGAAACCUUCUUAUGCUUGUCUAGAUGCAAUGAAGUGGCAAGAAAUUGGUACGGCAGAAUCGUGUCCAGAAUACUUUGACAAACGCCUUGUACCGGGUAUUUCAGCUUAUCAUAUUGAGAUUAGCAUGAAAGACUGGUUAGGCA